AUGGAUGAUACAGCUGAAACAAGCUUCGUCGUUGAUGAAGUAUCAAACGUAAUUAAAGAAUCCAUUGAAGCAACCAUUGGAUCACAAUCAUAUCAACAAGCAAAAAUUAAUACAUGGACAUCGAAUAUUGUUGAAGCUAUUCUGAAUUCAUUAACAAAAUUGAAUAAACCGUUUAAAUAUAUUGUAUCAUGUGUUAUUAUGCAAAAAAAUGGAGCUGGUUUACAUACAGCAAGUUCAUGCUUUUGGGACAAUACAACUGAUGGUUCAUGCACCGUUCGCUGGGAAAACAAAUCCAUGUACGCUAUCGUCUCUGUAUUUGGCUUAUCGAUCUGA